UUGUAAGUCGAGGAAUACCUCUAUUGAUUCCUUCCCCCCCCACCCCAUGGAAAAUAAAUUCUAAGGUAGCAAAGUGUUGCAUGCGCACCUGUGUCCUGUGCUUUGUCGACAAUCUUAAAUCUGCUGCAUUUUGCACACCUGAUGGAUGUCUGUUUUUCCUUCGCUUUCCCGCAGGCUACUCCAGGGCCCUGGGAAGAUCCACAGGAGCAGCCGAUCAUGCACUAGAGGGGAGGACCGUCCUUCCCCCUCCUCUUGGCCAUGAGAGCGUGAUGGAUCACAACACCUUCUCCCACAUCCAGCUGUGGUGUCCCCGCCCAUUUGGCACCUACUCAGAGAACAAGCCCUGCCGUGGCAACCAGGGGAAGAAAACUUUUGGGGACUUUGCCUGCAAAUCCAAAGAGGAGGAGGGGGACAGUGGCGAGGUCUCUUCGGAGAACACCCCCCCAGCUCCGCCUCCCCCGCCGCCUCCCCUAGCGGCUGCCUCCAAUCCCAGCCAGGUGGAGGAGGGCCGAGUCCUCUUGGACACCUGGUAUGUGAUCAAGCCGGGCAACACCAAGGAGAAGAUUGCCUUCUUCGUGGCCCACCAGUGCAGCAGCGGCAACAGGGCCAGCGCCAUGAAGGUCAAAGGAAACUGGGGCAGCGACAGCUCCAAGGCGAAGCGCCGGCGGAGGUCGCACGAUCCUGCCCGGAGUAAAGCCUGCCCGGUCAAACCCAAGGACGGUGGCAGCAAGGAAGCCGAGGAUGUUUGCCUUUGGCCCGAGUCCCACACUGAUCCUGCCAGCGGGGAUGCCACCGACCUGCUCUCGGUGGCUGAGAUGGUGGCCUUGGUGGAGCAGCGGACGGCGCGGGCGGAGCAGAAUUGUUCCCGGCCGAGCGCCCCGCCGUCCCCGAUGGUUUUUGUGUCUACGGAGCAAGAGGAGAGCGGGGAGAAGAAAGUGCCAACCUCCGGGGGAAGCUCGGACUGCAGCCGCGUGGCUGAGGCCAUUGCCCACUUCGAGUCUCGAGAGCGCAGCGUCAUGUGUCAGAACGGCCUCCGCCGGGAGUCUGCUGAAUGCAUGGCCAACUCCCAACACAGCCCCGGCGAAGUCCGCAUUGCCUUCCGUAUUUCCAGCAGCCGAGACCCCCGUUCGCCCUCGGAGAGCAGCUCCGUCCCCCGGCCCAACUGCAUGUUCAUGAGCUGCGGAGGGUCGCCCACUGGCACCACAGCCCGGUCGAAAGACAAGAUAACCUGUGACCUCUACCAGCUGAUCAGUCCCUCUCGGGAUACCCUCCCCAACAAUGUGGAUUUCCUGUUGGCGAGUGCCUCCCCCAAGGGCUCAGAAGGAUCCGGCCGCGAGCCCGCCGACACGGAGAUGGCCCAGACUGGCUCCGUCAAACUGGACACGAUCCCCGAAGACAUCCGGGCCCCCGUGGAAAAGAUGGGAGGCUCCCCAACCUCUGCGGCCAGAGACUGCGUGUCCGGUUUCCACGUGGACGUGGUGGUCACGGGGGUGGUGGACCAGUGUGUCUUCUUCGGCAAGGACAGCACCAAGAACAUGAAGGAAGAGACGGUGUGCUUGACGGUGGGCUCGCCAAGCCAAGAAGGGUUGUGCGCCUCUUGCGAUGACCCUCCACCAGGGCAGCUCUUCUUCCUCCACGCUCAGACGCCGCGACAGGAGGACAGCCGUGACGCGGACAGCGCCUUCCUGGACUCGUCCAGUGAGGGCGGGCUGGAGAGGGCCGAUGGCUCCGUCUUGGAGCCUUCCGUCGCUGACACGUCCUUGUGCCGCCUGUAUCGCCACGUCUCGCACGACUUCCUGGAGAUCCGUUUCAAGAUCCAGCGGUUGCUGGAGCCUCGCCAGUACAUGCUGCUGCUCCCCGAUCACAUCAUGGUGAAGAUCUUCAGCUACCUGCCCACCCAGGCGCUGGCGGCUUUAAAGUGCUCCUGCCACUACUUCAAGUCCAUCAUCGAGACCUUUGGUGUGCUGGCCACGGACUCCAAGUGGAACCGGGACCCCUUGUACCGCGACGACCCCUGCAAGCAGUGCAAGAGACACUACGAGAAGGGCGACGUCUCCCUCUGCCGCUGGCACCCCAAACCUUACCAUCACGACUUGCCUUACGGACGCUCUUACUGGAUGUGCUGCCGCCGGACGGACAAAGACACGCCGGGCUGCCGGGUGGGACUGCACGACAACAACUGGGUGCAGCCAUGCGAUAUGUUGAGAGAGAGGGCAGCCCGGAGGGAGGAUGGGAGGUGAGGGGCUUCAGGACUGGCGGGGGGGGGGACGAGGGGGCCCUCCUUUUUCCCUCCUGUCUUAAUUCUCCAUGCGUGUGCGAUGGGAGUGCGAGUGCGUUGGACAACAGCUCUGGCCUGCGUGGUGUGUGUGUGUGUGUGUGUAUUUUAAAGAAUGCCUUGAUCCUGUCAGCGUGUGGGGCUCAGAUUUGGUCUCUGCUGGUCCCCCUCCUGCUCCAAAUGAGCUGUGGAAGGAAAUUGAAGAGGAGGGA